AACAGGAAGUCGCGCCGGGAGCCGCCCGGCCCGUCCCCGCGCCGUGCGCCGCCCCGCUCAGGCUGGACUCGGCAGCCACCGGGGGCGCUGUGUACGGCCCCGGGCCUGUGCACCGAGACGGCGAGAUCGGCGGAGCAGAACGCGAGGCAGGACGCCCUGGAAGGCUGUGCGUCUUCAGGCUGCGCGCUGGCAGCUAGGACUUGCGGGAUUGUCUUGUAGGCGGGACCGUCGCUUUCCCAGGGACGCAGGUUUGAAGAGGAGAGAGAUGGAAGAGGUUCGUUCUAUUGUUACCCUGGACUCCCAAGGCUCGAAAACUUUCAGCUCCAGAGGUCUGGAGGGGCAAAGUGGUCGGACUCCUAACACUGAGAGCCAGGAUUCCUCGAAGAGCUACACCUUCUUCUCCAGAAGGAACCACCCAGGGAAUCUCGGAGAGGAUGAAGAGUCUGAAGGCACCACGGGAGAGGAGGAGCUGAAGGGGACCUACAUGCAUCUCAUCCAAGGGGUUCAGGAAUGGCAGGAUGGCUGUGUUUACAAAGGGGAGUUCGGACUCGACAUGAAGCUUGGACACGGCGAGUUCUCUUGGCCCACAGGCGAGAUCUACCGUGGGCAGUUUUACCGGGACCAUUACCAUGGCAUGGGUACCUACUCAUGGCCGGACGGCUCCAGCUUCACAGGCACGUUUUAUCUCAGCCAACGAGAAGGGUACGGCACCAUGUACACGAAAACAAAGUUGUUCCAGGGAUUAUAUAAAGAGGACCAAAGGUUUGGGCCCGGCAUCGAGACCUAUCCUGACGGCAGUCAGGAUGUUGGAAUCUGGUUCCGUGAGUACCUCCUCAAGCUGUGCACAAGGGUUCCCAGCAGCUUCUCUUUGAUAAACUACCCAGAAUUCUCGGCCUUCCUCACCAACACGAGAAAGAGAAUCAGUCUUUCAGAUGAGGAGAAGGUGGAGGUGAGUCUUUCUGAGGAGCAGGACCCUUUCUACUAUGACUAUAAGCAGUAUCUCCUGAAUGAUGACUUGAAGCUGCCUCCGGAGAUGCACGUCUAUUCAACCAAUAACACUCACCUGCCCAUGACCAGCGUCCUGCGCAAAGAGCUGGACGACCAGAUCUUCAUGAACGAGAUUCCUCCAUUCAUUGAGGAUGAGGAACCCUGGCUUAUAACAAAUGAGACUCCACUGUUGGUCAAAAUCCAGAAGCAAACUUACAAGUUCAGGAACAAGGAUGCUCAUGCCAAUUGGAACAUAGCUGCCAUCCUGGAGGGAAACCGCGGCAAGUUUGGGCCUAGUGGCCCCAAGGAGCAGAUUUCCAAGAAGAUGAUCAUGAAGGCUGAGGAAGGGGACUAUAACUGGAUUUUUGGAAUCUUGAGGGACAACCUUGCCUGUGCUGACGUGGCUGACUCUAAGGGUUACACUGUGCUUGCUGCUGCAGCUAUACAUUCUCAUAUCAACAUUGUGAACCUUCUCCUGGAUUACGGAGCUGACGUGAACAAGCGCUCGGAUGAGGGCAUCACACCCCUGAGCAUGUGCUUCCUCCAGUAUUACCCCAGCAAAUUCUUCCAUCCCAACAUUGCUGAGAGGACCCUGCUUCAGGAAUCUCCUAAACCCUUGGUCACCCCCAAAAUUUCAUUCUUGUUUGCGGAUCCAAACACAGACUCACCGUCUGAUGUGGGGGCGCACAUCUUGGGUGGAGAGGAAUUAAAGACGUCUAUGCUCCCCUCAAGCAGCCCAGAGGAAUCCCUCGCCUCCAUGCCGCCCCUGGAGUCCAACAACGUGCUUCAAAAGCGAGAUGUCUCCCCAGUGAAGACUGUCAGCACUGAAGUAGAGAAAGAGACAGAGGACGUAGCAGAAAAUGUGGACGGUAGCACCUUGUACAGUGCCGACACGAACUUCGAGUCCACCAUAUGCCUGCGAAACUACUCUAUCAAUGUCUCCAAGGACAUCCUGGAGAAGAGUGCCCAGGCCUACAGUUCGUUGAUGCAGCACUCCUGCUUCCCAUACAAAGGGACUGUGAGGAAAUUGGCCCAGACCAUGGCCGAACGCAGAAACCGUUGGAUGACCAUUAUGUUGCUGCUACGUAGAGGUGCUGAUCCUAACCUAUGCCAAGUGCCCAUGCAGGCUCUGUUUCUUGCAGUGAAGGCUGGGGAUGUGGAAGGGGUGAGGCUGCUACUGAUGAGUGGGGCCCAGACAGAUAUCCAGUAUCCUCCACAGCUGCAGUCCCUGACCCCACUCCACAUCGCAGCUUCACUCCCUGGGGAGGAGGGCGUGAAGAUCACUGAACUGCUGCUCCAUGCAGUCACUAACGUGGAUGCCAAGGCGGCGGACCAAGACUACCCAUACAAAGGUGGCAAGGGUGAUCUGCCCUCAAGCCUGAAGCUCAACAAUGAGCCAGGCCCGCCCAAGAGCUACUACUCCCCGUACACAUGCAUCCCAGAGGAGGGCGGACGCACGGCUCUGCACGUGGCCUGUGAAAGAGAAGACAACAAGAAGUGUGCCAGGGACAUCGUGCGGCUCCUUCUGUCCCAUCGAGCGAAUCCAAACACGCUGUGGAGUGGCCACUCCCCACUCUCCCUGUCCAUUGCCAGUGGGAAUGACCUGGUUGUGAAGGAGCUCCUAGCCCAGGGAGCUGACCCCAACUUGCCUCUGACCAAAGGCUUGGGCACUGCCCUGUGUGUUGUGUGUGACCUGUUCUACGAGCAACAGAGGACCACCGAGAAUAAGAUCGCCCUGAUUGACCGGCUCAUUAGCUACGGGGCGGAUGUCCUGAAACCUGUGACAAUUGUGCAAGGUGAAAGGACGGCCGUGGGCACAGCAGUUGAUUAUGGCUACUUCAAGUUCUACCAGGACCGGAAGAUCGCCCACUGUCCCUUUCAUGCUCUGAUGCCAGCAGAGCGAGAGAUAUUCAUUGCCCGGAAAAGGCUGCUAGAGUACUUGGGUUUGCAACUGCGGCUUGCCGUCCUCAACAAGGAAAGCCGGCUGGACAUUAAGGCCCUGUACCUGAGCAAGAGAGCAGAGCUGGCUCCCUGCCACAGGAUGAAGAAGAGAAGUUCCAGCCCCGCUAAAUCCCCAUCCGUGGAGAAGCAGACCCUUCCCUUUUACAAGUUUUGUUACCAGUGUGGUCGCUCCAUCGGGGUCCGCCUCUCACCCUGUCCCCGCUGCUAUGGGAUCCUGACCUGUAGCAAGUACUGCAAGACCAAGGCCUGGAUUGAGUUCCACAAAAAGGACUGCAAUGACAUCAUGGCUAUGAAGAAGGAUUUCCUAGCCCAAAGGAUCUCCCAGGAGCCAAAGAGUGAAAAUAACCCGUGGCAUAUCAACCAGGCAUCCCAGACUGUCCAGCUCAGAAAGGAGGAGGACCAGGAAAACCAGGCAUCCAAGAAUGCCCAGUUCAAAAAGGAGGACAAAGAUAACCAGGAGUCCAAGAGUGUCCAGUUCAAAAAGGAGGACCAGGAUAACCAGGAGUCCAAGAGUAUCCAGCUCAAAAGGGACCCAGAACAGAAGGAGGUGUCCCUAACGAGAUCCUGCUGGACUACCUGA